GUUACUACGGUCCCGCGUAGGAAUUUUGAACAAUCCGGCCGAAAGGUGUUCGAUCAUGGUUAUGGAAGUAUCGGCGGAACGUUGGGCGCGAUAAAUGACGACUCUUCGUCCCAGCCCUGGAUUACCGGCAUGAACGUGUUCUCGGCCGAUCGGGAAGCGAGCGAACGACAACAGCGGUGACCGGGCUUCUUCUUCGAAGACGCCAACUCGUUCAGUGCGGCGGAGAGCAACUUGCGUGGCGGCAGCAGUGAACUUCACAGCCAAGAGGGCCGCCCGCUUGGCCCUGCUUCGUCGAGGAAAAGAAGCGCUCCCUCCUGCGUGGCUGCCUCUUCGUUUAUUUUGCUGCCUUCCAUCCCCGGAACGCUGGUGAACUCGUGGUGUGUUCGGAGUGAUCGCGCGUUUGUCACCCGUGUGCGAGUGUGCGUUCCGUGCAUUCCGGGAGGCGGAAGUCCGUUUCACUCCGCAAGGGCGUCCCGAAAGCAACUCUUGAUUGGACGGCAUUCCAUGAUAACAGCUGGCGUGCCUCGGCGGUGCCCUUGGUGGUGCUGCUGGUCCGCCAUGUUCCGUGCUGGCCGGAGCUGAGAGAGGGCUUUUCCCUGUCGCUGCCGAAGCAGCGCCAUGCGGGCCCGACCCCCGCCCACUACCAUCCAGGGCGUGCCGGUUCCCUGGGGAGUGUCCCAGAACGACCUCGAGGCUGUUGAGGACAUCCUGUCGGCCACCUCCCUCGCAUCGAACCUGCACGGUGUGCUGUCCACGAGGCGAAACCGUCGUGCCGUUCCUGACCAUGAGUCUUGCCGCAGGAUCUGCCCAGCAGCCGGCACCAGUGCCCGCACGAAAACGACAUCGGGCGUUGCCAAACAGCCACUGGCCCAGCCCCGAGCCGUGGCGUCCAAGGCCCGGCUGUGCCCCAGCACCAGCACUCCGACCCGCGGCGCAGCCCCGCCGGCGCCCGGCUGGGAGCGCGCGCUGAGCUCGGGACGAGCCAUGCGGCCGCCGCCGGACGCCUUCGAGGAGUUCGUGCUUGACGACAGCGACCUGCUGCGCCUGUGCGAGCUGCCCGGCCCGCAUCGGCCGCGCCGCUCGGCCGCCGCCGCCCCGGGCGGGGCCCCGACGGGUCGGCGGCCGCCGCACCUGCGCACCGUGUCCAUCAUCGACACGCUGAGCGCGCUGGCCCGGGGCGCCCAGGACCACCGAGAAGACGUGGCGGCGGCCGAGCCCUGGCUGCCCGCCUCCGCCGCGGCGUCACGGAGGCCCGCGCGUCGGCCGGCCCAGGCCGCGCCGCCGUCGCGCGACUGGUCGCGCCAGUACGCGUCCGACAGCGAACUCAAGAGCGGCGGCGACGCAUGCUCGGUGCUUUCCUUGCGCAGCCAGCAGCCCCGGCACAACGCGGCACAGCGGCCUCCGUUGGCCAGGGUGCCGCGCUGGAUACGCGCCAUCUUCAGGGUCGCCAAGAAGGGCGACCUCGACGCCCUGAGCCACAGCCUGCGUGACAUGGAGAAGCAACUGGUCUGGAACCUGUCCGACAGCCAGGGGAACACGUUAUGGCACGUCUGCGCGGCACGCAACCACCUGCGGUGCUUCCAGUGGCUCUGCCAGGGUCAUCCUGAACACGUUCUCGCCGACGAAAACCACAGCAACCUCACCCCCGUUGCCACAGCAGUCAAACAUGGCAACCUUGAAAUACUCCAGUGGCUUGUAAGCAAGUCUAUGGCACUGGACCAGAUAGACCCCAGUGAAGGAAAUAGAACUCUUCUGCACUUGGCUGCCAAGUAUGGGCAGGAGAGAACGGUCAGUUGGCUGGCCGAGUACAUGCAGAACAACCAGCUGAACAUAAACCGGAAGGACAGCGACGGAAACACGGCAAUGCAUUUGGCUGCAAGAUAUGGACACAUUCCAGUCAUUAAGACACUGGUGCUGCACAGUGGUGACGUCACAGUGCAGAACGAACAGGGCCUACGACCGUACGGUGUCGCGCUGCAGAGCAGUCAGGCAUCCUGUGCCGACUACCUCCUCACUGUGGAAGUUUGCCUGGGCCUCUCGGCCGACCAGGUGUUGCUGGAGGGACACUUCCAGAGCUUGCAAGCAGAGAACACAGAGGUCAAGAAUGGAUUCAAGGAGCUGCUCGUGCUGACGAGAAGAUUGCUGAGGAGGCAAGAGGAGGCUCUGCAGUACGUCCAGGCUGUGUGCACGGGCAGCUUGAGCUCAGACAGGGCCGAAUCUGACAGUGCGUCGUCGUUACCGUGGAACUCUCUCUCAGGGUCUCCAGACAGCAAGCAGGCACAGGCCAAGCUGCAGGCGCUGCUGGAGAACAGCCAACUCAAACUGCUUCCCGAAGAAGAAAGCCGUUUACUGCAGCUGGAGGAGAAAUGGCGGCGCCUGCGAGUCAACAAGGGCGCGGUCGAAACACGCUCCCCUAUGGAGCUUAUCAGGUCUCAGUUUGCACAAGUGCUAGCCAAGUGCAGCACUCCUCAGGUGCAGCCAGUGAGGCCAGCUUCAUCCUCCGGGACGUCAGUGUCCCACGAAAGCGAAGAAGAGAGCGCCGAGGACGAGCCAAACGUCGUCAACUCACUGGCCACGACAAAGCGCGUCCCGAACCUCAUGCCCUGGGAGCAAGAGGUCUGCUCCUGGGACAAGGUGCAGGUCUUCCUGGACGGCCUGUGCGAAAAGCAGGCCCCACCGAAGAAAAACAGGAGUUCGAACACGCUCGUCAUACGCCAGGGGGCGUCUAGGAUGCGAGCCAAGGACUAUCGCGAACAACUCGAAUCUGCACCCGAGAAUGUCAGCUUGAAAGUGCUGUUCGAGAACAACCCCGAGCUGAGGCAGGAGGGCCAGACGUGCUCCGUUCUCGAAGUUCUGGAGCCGUCGAGCAGCGACGCAGAGGACGAUUUGCAUCACGACAGUUGUGGUAGCUCUUCGGGGUCGUUUCGAUCCAACGAGAAUGCGGUGCUGCACGUGGCGCAACGGAGGCAGCCGAGUCAAGCGAACGGCGACUGCCGCCUACGAGCUUCGAGCUCGGGUGCCUCAAAGGAAGGCGGCAGGGCAAGGGCCAUCUUCCUGACGAACAUCGCAGAGCUGCCCGAUUGCUCGAGCAGCUACAAGCUCAGCGUGAAAUUCCAGCAGUCACAGGAGUGUACGCACACAAACUUGCCCGAGGUCGCACCCAAGGAAGAAGUUACGGAAGCCAGUGCAAACGACAGCAAAACGAAAAUUGCGGAAAAGCAGGCAUCCCUCGCCGAGCCUGACCUGAUCCGAGGAACGAGUGUUGCGGAAAGGUGUCCCCUCGACACGGCGCAAGGGAGUGCGGUUUCGUCCUCGGAAGCUCCCGCUCGGGAGGUCUCCGCUCAAGACACCGAAGAGCCAAGGGAACAGCACGAUGGCGCCGAAGCUGUUGCAGCCGAGAGCACGUCUUCACCGGCUGAUGCCUCCUCAACCAGUGCAUCCAAUGCCAAAAAGCGCAGCGGCUUCCUGCUUAAAUUUUCCCUGAAGAGCCGCUUUCAGUCCAAGCAGAAACAACAGCAGCAGCAACAGCAGCAACAGCGCAAGUGUGAAGAGAUAAGCCCCGAAGAGUUUCGCGAGACGUACACACGGAGUGCGGGUUCAGAGUCCUCGUCGGUUCCAAGCAGAGACAGUGCAGUAUCCAGCCCCGUCAAGGGGAACGAACUCUUUUCGAGUGCGCCACUACCACCGCCACCAAUUCCAAUACUGCCGCGGAGAGAUCCUCCGCCGGUGCCUCCUCCGUGUGAAGAGGUGCCUCCGUGCUCUCCCACGCCUCUCGCCGAAGAGCAGGAAGACAAGUGCACGCCUUCAGAAGACGGGCUGCUCUACCUCCGCAACGGUUCGCCCGAACCCAGCAUACUACAGCCCGACUCCGUCGUAUCCAAGACAACUGGAGGAACACUAUCACGCCCUGCAUCGUCGGCAUCGCAGACCGAAGAUGGCCGACGGGGCUCUGUGACGCUGAGCAGGACCAGCGCUUUCUCUCUGGCCAAGCCCCUGUCGCCCACAGAGCUGUUGCUCCACACGCCGGACUCCUCGGUGGGCGGUCGGCAGUCGCCCGCUCCCAGUGAGGUCUCCAAGACCGAGAGCGCCCUCUCGCCCCCGAGCGAAGCGUCCAAGGCGGAGAGCGCGAGGCAGCCACCCCUAAGCAAGAUUGACGAAGCAGCUCAGGAAGCACUAAAACGCGUUGCGGCUCCUCCGCCCGACGUGACCAAGGGACCCCAAGAGACGGCAACAGCUCAGGAAUCUCAGCCGCCACUUGUCCCUAGUAGCAGCAGCAGCAGCAGUAGCGGUGUAAAAGCCAAGAAAAUGACCCUCGCUGCGAGGAAGAACAAGAGGAGCUCCAAGCCGUGGUAUGAAGUGUCCGACGAAGAAGACAUGCUCUUACCCGACAAGUACCAGACGGUCAGGGCUCGCAGCAGCUCGGAAGACGAAGCCGACCUGGCCAUAGUGGCAUGACAGAUUGUUCUGUCGUGCACCCAAGUUCCUUUCUUACACACAUCAUCCUAAUAAUGUGUUGAAUGCAGUUGGUAUUCUGGGCAAAAAUAGAAAAGAAAAGACUUCGCUGAGCAGCGAACAACGCAAUGGCAUGCGAGAACGACGCACUCCACAGUGGACGAGGUGCACGGGCGGGCAGCCAAGCGGAGCCGUUCACUUUGUGGCGAACUAUGCAGCACUGCCUCAGACUCUCGUUGCCUUGAGAACUUUUUCGUGCCCUACUCGGAAGGUGAUUUUGUUACUACAGUAUUUUUGUGGCAAGUUGAAGCUGUUUGUAUUGCGACGGACAACAUUGCGUGUGCUGGGCACGAGGUUGGAACGUGGUGGGUCGUGUUCUGCCCAGGUAGCAAGCGAGGUAACGUCGGUGGUACUGGAGCGGUGGCCGAGGUACGAAGAAGGAACUUGCCUGUAGAAUUUUUCUUGAUGCAAAUCAGCUGUGGUUUGAAACACCCCGUGGGAAGAGGGGAGCAGGUGAGCAAAUGUUCGUUAACUGCCAUCAAACCAGUUUUGACAUCUAAUUAGGGGUGUACAGUACCGGCAUGACGGCAGACCUGAGCCCCAGCACCUGCUCCAGACCAAAUAAACCGUUGGUACCGUUCCCGGUACUGCCCCGUCCUCCUGUUCAGCCUCCUCCGAUGCCACUCUGCUGCCUGGGCACAUCAUUUUGUCUAACACAUUGCACAGCAUUUCAUGGCGUUUCAUUAAGGUUCCUUUGCCAUAACAAAUGCAUUUAGAGAUAAGCUGUUUGUGCUAUCUCUUCCUCAGAAAGGAAAAAAAUAAUUAAAGAAUAUAAACACUCAUCCUAACUCUCAAGCCUUUACCUUGAGAGCGGGGUCCCUCUUGGCGGUGUGUUUUGUUUCUUGACUGUCAUUCCGGAAAGUUCGUUUUUGCCAAGGCAGGGAUGUUGGUCUCAAAUUCGAGGCGUUUUUUGCCAAGGCGGACGUGUUUCAAAACUCAGGGCUGUUUUUUAACAAAUAUUUUUUUUUAUAUACAUGUCGUUGUUUGUUGAGUUGUGUAUUAGAUGUGAUGGCCUUUUGUAAAGUUCUUUUUUACACUAAAGGGUGUACGGCCAUUUCGCGUUAUAUUUAAAAAGUUGGAGCCUCGUAUGCAUGCAUGCCGGUUUCCUGUGACUGUUUUUUGCGUGUCUGAGUUCAUUAAAUGCGAGGUCGAGUGCCAGAUUAUGUGAUAUGUGCUCCAAUUCCAUUCUUACCUCUAUUUUCUUUUACCAAAAACAUUUUUUGAAGGACCAGCAUUAACCACAAAAUUCCUAAACUGACCACAUUUUAAUAAGCUGACCCUUUGCAUUUUCGAAAGACGGGUAUUACUGCAUGAAACGAGACACAGUAUAGCAUUAAGAGAAAAAAUGACUCAUGGCACCUUCACAUGCUAAUGCAGCUAUUUCCAAGAAAUACUCUCUCGUGCCAAGUUUUGUACAUAUACGAUGAAUUGUUGCCACUGUACCAUAAUCCUUCACAAAAUGUACCAUACAGUAAUAGUACUGAUCUUCUUGUACGCUUUCUCUCAUUGAGAUACCUCUGUGAAACUAAUCACCUGUACUUGCUCCAGUGAGAAUUCUCAUCCUUCAUUGCGAACGUCCAUCGGGCUACUCCUCGUACAUGUGUUAAUUUAUCUGCUGCUAAUACAAUUUUUUUUUGUACAAAGUCGAUAGUCCCCUUGUAUUGAGAAUGAAAAAUAAAAUAACUGUCUUCUUUUAACUGUUAUGUUGGCCGAAAUAAAGCAUCAACUAAUGA